AUUUAAUUUCUUUUCAGUUUAUAAAAAUGUUGACAGAAUCUUUUUUAAGUUCGUGGUUUGUAGUGUUUAUUAUAUUAUUCGCUGAACUUGUUUUAAGCAUUCCCCAAGGAUACAAUUAUUACGCGAAUCAACAAAGAAACUACUACGCUCAAAGAGCAGCACAAGCUCAACGUAUCGAAGCUCAACGCAUUCAAAAUCAACGCAUCCAAAAUCAACGUAUUCAAGAUCAACGUAUUCAAGCUCAACGUCUUCAAGCUCAACGAAUUGCAGCCCAAAAUCGAUACUAUCAGCAAUCUUACAAAACUACCACUACCACCCCAAGACCAUAUAAAGUGAAUAGAGCUGAUACGGAAAAUGCCAAAUUCCUUGGCACACAAAAUCAAGAGUCAGUGGGAUCGGGAAAAACAUUCAGGAAAAAGGCGAAAAAGCUAUUUGGAGCGGGCUAUGGAGCUGGGUACGGAGCUGGUUAUGGAGCAGGAGUCGGUAAUGGAUGUUAUUACCGAAAUGCCAACCAACCAAAGGACGAGGGCGAAGGACGAGUAUUUUGGGAUUUCAAUAUUUACAAUGUUUACCCAAAUGGAGGUUGCGGGGGAGGAGGUUUUGGAGGAGGCUAUCCUGGAGGAUUUGGAGGUGGAUAUCCCGGAGGGUUUGGUGGACCUGGAGGCUUUGGCGGAGGCUUGGCUGACCCUAUUUACGGUGGCCGACCAGUUCGUGGCUUUUUUCAAAACUGGCUCGGCCUCUUUCUUCCUGGUGGUGCAUUGAGUGGAGUCAAUAGACCAUAUCAGGCAUCACCUUCGCAGUCUCAACAGAGUAGUCCCCAAACAGAUUCAGUCGAUUAUGAUGCAAGUUUGGGUGGGACAGGCUCUGGUGGUGAUAGUUCUACAACUGGUGCAGUUAACGCCGAUGGCACGACUGGUGGAAACAAUAAUAAUCUUACGCCUGAUAGUGGUGGAAUGGCGAACUUAACACCUGGCCAGCUAGUUGGUGGUGUUGCUAACACAGUUAACAGUGUGAUUCAGACCUUGGCUAGUGCACCAGUCUAUGGUUGAUUUAGAUUAAGGGAAAAAUAAAAU